AUGGAAAUGAACAAGGUUGAUGACUUGGCACAAACGUUAACUUAUGCUCAAUUUGCAGAAAAGUUUACUUGGAUUGCAAAAGAUAAGAAAUGGCAAAGGAGACAACGAGGCGAGCCUAUAGGAAGGAUUCAUCAUUGUUCUCCUAGACACGGUCACUUAUUUUAUCUUAGGAUCUUGCUGAAUCACGUCAUGGGGCCAACGUCAUAUGAAGAUAUAAAAACGGUUAAUGGCAAGAAGUGUCAAACUUUUCAAGAGGCUUGCUACGAGUUAGGACUUUUGGAAGAUGACAAUGAAUACAUUCAGUGCAUUCAGGAGGCCAGUGAAUCUGCUUCUGGUCAUUUUCUCCGUACAAUGUUUGUUAUGCUUUUGAUGUCAGGAAGCCUUACCCAGCCUGCUGCUGUUUGGAACACAACGUGGAAGUUGCUAUCGGAGGACAUAUUGUAUAGGGAAAGGCGUAUACAUCGUAGACCAGAUCUUGAACUAGAGGAUGAUGAGUUGAAAUGUCUGACACUGAACGAAAUCGAGGAGCUGUUGAAAAGGAAUGGUUCUUCUUUGACAAACUUUAACAACAUGCCACAUCCAGAUAAUACUGAAAUUCAUUUUGAAGGAAAUCGAUUGGUUGAUGACGAGACGACAACAUAUAAUGUUGGAUUGCUAAGGACUGAGCAUGAGCAACUUUAUUCCUCUUUAACAGAUGAACAACAAACCGUAUAUCACACUGUAAUGGAUGCUAUAAAUAGGGGCAAAGGAGGUGUUUUCUUCCUGAAUGGUUAUGGUGGUACAGGUAAGACCUUUGUUUGGAAAACAUUAGCUGCUGCAAUCCGCUCCAAGCGAGAAAUUGUGUUGAAUGUAGCCUCGAGUGGAAUAGCAGCCCUAUUACUUGAAGGUGGUGGAACAACUCAUUCGAGGUUUGCUAUUCCAAUUAAUAUUACUGAAACAUCAUUCUGUUGUAUUCGUCCGGAUAGUGAUCUUGCGGGUCUAAUACGUCAAACAAAACUCAUUAUUUGGGACGAAGCCCCAAUGGUUCAUAAGCAUUCCUUUGAAGCUUUAGAUAGGACUUUUAGGGACAUUCUGAGAUCAUCCAACCCGAACAGCAUGAAUGAACCGUUUGGUGGGAAAGUUGUAGUAUUUGGUGGUGAUUUUAGACGGGUGUUGCCGGUUCUCCCUAAUGCGUCAAGGCAGGAUGUUUUUAUGGCUUCUCUGAAGUCAUCAUAUUUAUGGCAUCAUUGUAAACUUUUGAAGCUCACAAAAAAUAUGAGGUUGACAGUUGGGGCAUCUACUGACUUGGAAGAAAUAAGACAAUUUGCUGAAUGGAUUCUAGAUAUUGGAAAUGGCACAGUCAAUGAACCAAACGAUGGUGAAGCCACAAUUGAAUUACCAGAUGACAUCCUCAUAAAAGAUGAAGGGAGGAAACCCAUUGAUUCUAUUGUUGAUUCAGUUUAUCCUGACAUUUCAUCAAAUAUGUCGGAUCCAUCCUUUUUUCAAGACAAAGCUAUUCUUGCACCUACGCAUGAAGUAGUUGAUAUGAUCAAUGAGCAUGUCAUGUCAAAAAUUGCUGGUAAGGACAAAGUCUAUCUGAGUGCAGAUUCGAUAUGUGAAGAUGAGGGAUCCAAUUUUAACGAAGAGUUGUACACUCAAGAUUUUCUCAAUAGUAUUAAGGUUUCUGGCAUACCACACCAUCGUUUGGUUCUAAAAGUAGGUGUCCCCGUUAUGUUACUUAGAAACAUAGAUCAACCAAGUGGAUUAUGUAAUGGCACCAGACUUAAAAUAUGA